AGAGAGAGGAGCUGUGGAACCGAAAGAUGACCUGUGUAACCGAGAGAAAGGAAGAACAACUAACUCAGUGAGCGAGAGAGACGGAGAAGCUGUGUAACCGAGAGUGAGAGAAGCUUUGAUCAUAAAGACAGGAGAGCUGUGUAACCUACAAAGAGGGGAGCUCUGUAAUAGAGAAAAAGACUGCCCUGCACCGUUCCAUUGAGAAAGAGGGGAGCGGUGUACUCCAGAGAGGGAGAGAGAAAAGGGAGCUGUGACAUAUAGCCCAGAGAGAGAGAGAAACGCUGUAAACCGGGAGAGAGGCAAAGAAGUCGUGUGAGCCAGAGAGAAGCUGUUUGAUCCAGACAGUGGGAGCAGUCUUUGCCAGCACCCUGACGGAGGUCCUCUGCUUCGGGCUUCAUGCACAAGGGCUAGUGCUAUCUGUGGCUUGUGUAUUACCGCGUAUCGGCUGAAGAAAGUAAAAGAUGAGGCCCUAAAGAAUGCAACUAACUGAGUGUUUGAGAGAUCACAGAUCCUCUGUGUGUGGACGCCUGGGUCGGAAACAGCUCUCCGAGGAGAGCGCCUAAUCCCUACCAGGCAUGCCAUGUCCGUCCCAGAAUUUCGCCGUCAAGAACCAACUCGCUGAAAUUGAUCAACGGGAUAUUUCGAAUUGCAAUUUAUUUCAGGAAUAUAACAGUUUUCAUUGUAUAUCUCAGUGGUGAUUUCAUGAAGGGGAGAAAAGAUGGGUUCAGGAGGUAGGGAUUCAUAUUACCAGCUGGUACAUUUUGAUUUAUCUCGCUCCGAAUAAUUAGCACUGUGCAAUGGUAUCAGCCCCUCUACUUGACUGACUGGAGUUCAAGCUGGACAGAUUUUCGCCGAAACUGGGCUGUUGGAUGACUUCACGUCUGGCGUAACUUCUCCCAGUUUCACAUGCAGCGAUGGGUUGCUUCUGCGCUGCACAGGAAGAAUUCUAUUGCGAAGUUUUGCUUUUAGACGAGACCAAGCUCACCCUAACUACCCAACAACAAGGAAUCAAAAAGUCCACAAAGGGGGCUAUUGUCUUGGAUUACGUAUUCAGACAUACAAACCUGAUGGAGACAGACUACUUCGGUUUGCGUUAUUGUGACAGAAGUCAUCAAACGUACUGGCUGGAUCCCACAAAAACACUUGCUGAACACAAGGAUCUUAUAAACACUGGCCCACCAUACACACUAUAUUUUGGUGUAAAGUUCUACGCAGAAGAUCCAUGUAAGCUUAAAGAAGAAAUAACAAGAUAUCAGUUUUUUCUGCAGGUGAAACAGGAUGUUCUUCAAGGUCGGCUGCCUUGUCCUUUAAACAUUGCUGCUCAACUGGGUGCUUAUGCAAUCCAGUCUGAACUUGGGGACUAUGACCCUUACAAGCACACAGCAGGUUAUGUGUCUGAAUAUCGAUUUGUUCCUGAUCAAAAGGAGGACCUUGAAGAAGCAAUAGAACAAUUCCAUAAAGCAUUAAGGGGUCAAGUUCCUGCAGAGGCAGAACUCAAUUAUUUGCAAGUUGCCAAAUUAUUAGAGAUGUAUGGAGUCGACCUCCAUCCAGUUUUUGGUGAAAACCAGACAGAGUAUUUUUUAGGAUUAACACCAGUUGGGGUUGUUGUCUACAAGAACAAAAUACAAGUUGGAAAGUAUUUCUGGCCACGAAUAACCAAGGUGAACUUCAGAGAAACCCAGUUUGAACUAAGAGUACUAGGCAAAGAUUGUACUGAAACAUCGUACUUCUUUGAGGUUCCCAAUAAAGCAGCCUGUAAGCAUCUAUGGAGAUGCUGUGUGGAAUAUCAUACAUUUUUCAGAUUACCCGAAUCCGAAGAGUAUUCAAAUUCUAUGUCACGAAAACUUAGCAAGUUGGGGUCUCUAGGGUACAGACAUCGAUACAGCGGUAAGACUGCAUUUCAACUAAACCCCCGAGACCAAUCCAUAGAGCUUCCACGGCCUGAUCAGAAUGUGAAAAGAACUCGCAGCAAAACGUACCCUAAACGAACAAUUCAUUCUCCGCAGUCAGGACCUAACAGUGUCAGUCGCAGUCAUAUCAAAACAGACCGUACGGAAUAUGAUGGCACCACCAAGAUUCUUGCACCUUCACCAGUGAAAAGCUCCAAGAUAACCAAACAGGAUAGUAGUCCAAACACACAAACUAAAUCUGGUGCACCAUGGAAAGAAAAUGGACCCCAAAGUGGAUUAUACAUUUCUCCAAGUGAACGCAACAAAUCUCCAAAAUUCCCUCAUCCUAAACGACGGACUCCUUCUGGAGGAAGUGAUAACGAGUCAGGUCAGCCUGGGAGGCGAAGGAAGAACCAAAACAAUGGAGAGAAUACAGAUUCAAAACAACAAAAGAGAAGGUCCCGGUCCCGUGGAAAUACCAGUGGCAGUGGUAGUGAGUCUGAAAAUUCCAGUAGAGACCGUAAAAGACGUAACAGAUCACGACAAGAGAAUGAAAUGGUGGACUCAGCUCCUCAAUGGGAGCAAGUGCUGAGGAGGCAAAAAGAACGAUCAAUGACUGACCCCAACAACAGACGUUCGAAGCACAGAUCACGAUCGCGAAGUCCUGACAUACAAGCAAAGGAAGAACUGUGGAGGCAUAUUCAGAGAGAACUGGUGGAUCCAAUUGGCUUAACAGAAGAAGAGCUGAAAGAGAUACCAUACACCAAAGUAGAGACUCAAGGUAACCCCGUACGCAUCAGGCACUCACAUUCGCCACGAAGUUUUCGUCAGUACCGGCGCUCUCAAUGUUCUGAUGGUGAACGAUCUGUUCUUUCAGAAGUAAAUGCCAGGACUGAUCUUGUACCACCACUGCCUGUGACCCGUGCUUCAGACGCUCAGGACCAUAAGGGAUCAUCUUCCACAUUAAAUCAGAGGCGAAAUAAAUCUGAAGGCUGUACAACAGAAGGAAAGACAUAAGCUUCAAGAAAUGACUGGGAUUCAAAAUUCAGUGUUAAAACUUCAAGAACUAUGCAGACACCAUGGAUCAAGAUUGAGACCAGACUACCUUUUAACUUAUCAACUGAGGGAAGCUUUGGGCAUGCAAUGAUGUAGGGUCAAUUCCACUCUAGCAUUAGCAGUGAGAGACAAUUUGUCUUGAAACUAGUAUCAUGGAUUGUCUUUCUGGAAUUUAUGAUCAUGAUUUUAUACUGAUGUCAAAUAAUUUUCCAGAUUUAUAUAUUCCAAAUUUUCUUUUAAAGUUUGAUUUUCUACAGUAAUGUGUCAAAAGCUGUUAAGUAACUGAACACUAAAUUUUAUUGAAAACAGACUUUGGGACCAAGAAAAUAUAUUUUCAAAAAUGUGUACACAAGCUUUUUCUACACUUUGGUAUGUAAUGAAAUGUCUGUAAAACAUUGAUGAUCAAUGUACAUGGGCAAACAGAACAUUUAAAUUAACACUGGCAUGUUUAAUUACUUUAUUUGGUGCUUUUUAGAUUUCACAACCAUAUCAACAAGUAAAAAUUGAUUUAUGUCUUACGGAUGAAUAGCUCAUACAGUACUUAAUACUUUUUAAGGUGUACUGAAAUGUAUAUUUUUACUGUAUUGAGUGGACUGUUUCCAUGAAAAUGCUUUAUUUCCAUUCUCUAGCAUACUGUCAAUACAGAAGUUAUACCAUCUACAUGAGACGCUUCUUGAAUGGGCUGGCACAAAAUAGAUCACAUCUUGUACUUCAUUAAAAUAAAACUUGAAUGGGGUGAAGAGCUUCUUUUAAAACUUUUCCAGGCAAACGAAAUGCUGAACAAAUGAGUGCCAGAUGACAAUAAUUUAUCUUCACUUAUUUUGAAUGCAACUAUUGGCUUUAAUUUUGCUGUACUUUAAUGUCCAUUGAGCCUCUAUAUCAAUUUCUGUGCAUUGAAAUGUCAGUUACUUUAUUUUGUACAUGUUGUCAGGAUUUCUCACAUACUUCUGAAAGCAUAACAUGCUCUCUUCUGUAAAUUUUUGUACAUAUGAAUGCAACAUUAACAGUGUUGUAAAAUAUAUUUGCUAAAAGGUGUAGUGAAUAUAAGUUAGUGGAGCCUAUCUGCUAUGGUUUGGGCAUUAGUUAUUGCAAUCAGCAAAUUUGUUUCUCCAACUAGAUUGUUUAGGAUCACAGUGAAUAUAGUUAAAUAUUUAAAGUAAGCCAAACAGAAAUAAGAAGUGAAAACAGAUAAACUGUUUAAUCAGUGAAACACAUCAGGCCCUUGGCUGUAUUUUUAAUUCAGAGCAAAGUAUCGCAAACAAGACUUUAUUUACUGUCCUCCCAUUGAUGCCCACUUGUCAGAAAGACUAAAACAAGGAUCAAUAAAUUUUAAAAGCAGAAAGAGCUCGAGAAACUCAGUAAGUCUGACAGUAUUUGUGGAGAGAAAAACAGAAUUAAUGUUUCAUGUUCAAUGACUCCCUAUCAGAACCCCAAUGUAAGGGAGCCAAUAAGGAAUUUAAUGGGAACUCAGGAGAAAUGUUUUUACUUAGAAGGUAUUUGGAAUGCAGAACUCAUUAGCAUAAGACGUAGUAGAAGUAUAGAUCUGUUUAAAGGAUAGUUAGACAAAAACAUGCAAGAAAAAGGAAUAAAAGAUUGUAAUGUUGGGGUUAGAUGAAUAGGCUGGGAUGAGGCUUUUGUGGAUUAUCAAUACCAGUAUAGAUAAUUGCAACUGCAUGAUCUGUUUCUGUGUGGUACAUCCUAUGUAGUUGAACUAAAACAGUGUGGAAAAUGCAGACUAUAAGCCAACUGUUGCAUAUCUAAUACGGAUUUAAGUGAAUUUGCACAGUAGUGUUAAUCCCUGUUACCUCAUAACAAGAGUUGGUGUGUGCUGCUGAACACUUGACGCAUAUUGCUAAUUGGACACAUCUCAAAACCCACAGAAAACUAAUGCUCAUUUUGACUAAAUACAAAGCAACAUUCAUUCUCGCAGUCCUAUCAUGAGAAAAGUAUCUUAAUCGGAGAUGUCAGUAUUUUCUGUGCAUUACAAUUCUCAAUUGUGAUCACUUUCUGUUGCCAAUCUGUUCUGAUUAUUUUUAUAAUCAUAAUGACUACUCGUACUUCAGAAAUGUGAGGAUGAUUUGUAAUUUUUAGAGUUGCUGGAAUUGCAAGGACUGUCAAAGAGAAUAACCACAUGCAAAGCAAUAAAAUGUUAGAUUAGUAAAUUUUCAGAAAAUUAAACUGGAACGUGUGGUAAUUGCUGUAAUGUAUUUUGCAUGUUGUUUUGAGUUUGGUUAGUGGAGAGGAAAAUAAAUCAGGUUUUAAGAAGGAUCUCUUCUGUAUAGAUCUUUUCUGCAUAUUUAACAGUAUCAGUUUCCUUAUGCAUAUGUUUGUUCUGUCACAAAUCUACAAGAUCCCUUGGAUGCAAAUGUGUUCCAUACCCAUGUUAAGUAUUUUAGCCUUUUGUUUCCCCACCCACCUCUCAAAGUUCAAGUUAAACUUAUACUAGCUGUCAAUUUGGUUACUUUUUUCUUUGAUGGAUACAAUGUCAGUGAAUGAUAAGAUCCAGCUGCAUUGCCACCCAUUUAUAGUAUCUUUGUAUCUUCUUCCUUGGUAUCUGAGUUCAAAGAUUGAACAAUGCUUUCACUGGUUUUGAAGCCUUACAGUAAAAUUAAUCAGAGACUAAACAAGGAAAAGUAUUACAUAAAGAUGUUGUAUAACUAUGACAACAACUCCUUGAUGAGUAUUGGUGGUGAACACAUGGACGAGCUGGUGAUGUUAAUGAGGAGUGCCCAGACUAUUGGAGGACAUGUCAUAUGUAAAAAUGUCCAAGAUGCAUCACUUUUUCCUUCCAAGCAUCUAUCUGUGUGUUCAUAUUAUAAUGGUGCCUAAUAGUGUUUAGGCUCUUCAAAUUUGUUGCACAGUAGAAUUUUAGUUAUUGGUUAGGCUGAAUGUGAAUGGAGAUGUCUGGAUUGAGUCUUUUGAAGCAUUAUACCUGUAAACAAUAUCAAAAUGUACAUAUCGAACCAGGUGUGAGGAUAACUGGAUUUGUGCUGCCAUGCACGUUAUACAUUAUCUGAACCAUUCCUCCCUUUUACUGGAGUGUCUUAUUUUGGAGUUCCUUAGUUUGCACUUCCACCAUGCAUCAUUGCAGUCAUCUAAUGAAAAGACAGUCCAUGCUUUAAAGAUGGGAAGAAUAAGUAGAAACUGAUUGCACCUCUUGUUUCAUUGGCUUGAAUUGUGUUUCAUUUCUCUUCCACAUUUGUGCAAAAAACCAAUACGUGGGGUAACUUGCCUUGAUAAGAAUUUAAUUUUAAAAGCAAAUUACAGUGGAUACAGGAAAGAUGAAAGAAACACAGAGAAAGCUGAAGAAACUGAACGGAUCUGGCAGCAAGAGGAACAGGGUUAAUGUUUUUAGUCCAAUGAUUCCUCUUCAGAACUGAAGUUUAGUCAGAACCCAGUUCUGUAGGUGAGUCUUAUUGGACACACAAUGUUGACUUUAUUACUCCCUCCACAGAUGUUGCCAGACCUGUUGAAUUUCUCCAGCAUUUUCUGUGUUUUAAGAAUUUUAUUUUGUUAUUCAUGUCACAACCA